AUGAGGAUGUUUAAAAGACAAGCAGGUAUCUUACCAAAUCCUUCACUUCAAGGAAUUGCAGAAAUUGAAACUGAGGAAGAGGAUUUAACUUCGUCUUUCAAAACGCUUCAUUAUAAAACUCAUCGUCUUCCGCCUUUUGAGGAAUCCACCGUUCAAAUGGAGUCCGUUAUGACAAUAGAAGUGAAUGAACCGUCAUGUGUUGUCAUGUCACCCCAGAAAACUAUAGUCAUUCCUGAAGAAAGGGAUGAAAAGGUGAAGCAAGCGGUAUCAGAACGCACCAAGGAAUUAGAACGGCCCAGAUUUGCUCUCAAACGGCCUUUCUGGGGUUUCAAAGAGACUGGUCUUCUAUUUCGAGGUGUUAGAGAAGACGAAAUCGAUAAAGAAAACACAUAUGAAACCCUUCUGAAACCAAAUCGAACAUCAGAACAAGAUAAAAGUGCUCCACUAACCCAAAAGACGAUCGUCCCAAACUUAUUACCAUCAAUGACAGUAAGCAAAGUAGAAGAUAACGUCGAAAUUGAACAGCCUCCCCUAGUGAAUAUCGAGAAAUUUCCACAACCCCUACUACCGCCGCCGCCGCCGCCGCCGCCGCCACCACCACCACCACCACCGCCACUUACAAUUGACAAUAGCAACAAGGUGGAUGCCAGUAACAAGGAUCCAAUUUCUCUUCUAAUUGAACAAUCGAAUGCUAUCGUGGGUGGGGAGAAAUUCCUUCUCCUACGAAAAAUAGGUCGAGGUGGCUUUUCUAGUGUCUACUGCGUCAUGAAUCACGAUCGACAGAUGAGAGCGAUCAAGAGAAUUGAACUCUCUCAAGACUCCAAAGAAGUUCUGCCUCUGUUCCAAAAUGAAAUUGAUCUCCUUACAUCCCUUCGUGAUACUAACCGUGUGAUUAAUUUAUUCAAAUAG